GUAACAUAUGGGAGGUGGGAGGUGGGGUUUCGAGUCAGUUACUCCAAGUCGUCCCCGCAUUAUGUUGCACCAACAAACGUCUCGUUAAAACAACAGAUUCGAAACUAUGACGGAGGUUCAGAUCGAAGAUGAGGAUUUCGCCUCCCUCAGGAACCAAGCAGUUGUCAUUACUGGCGGAUCCUCUGGUAUCGGGCUAGCUACGGUAAAACUUCUACUCGAUAACGGCGCUCUUGUUGCAGUCGGAGAUGUCAACGAACCGCCUUUACAGCACCCGAAUUUGAUCUUCCAGAAGACAAAUAUAGCGUCCUGGGGCGAGCUAAGCGCCUUGUUCAAGUCCGCAAAGAGCAAUUACGGUCGGGUAGAUCACGUAUUUGCCAAUGCCGGAAUCUCAGGAAGGACAACGUACCUGGAGGAGAAUUUUGACGCCAAUGGAGAACUCCUGGAACCCGAUGACCUCGUCAAUCAAAUCAAUCUGAAAGGCUGCGCAAACACAUGUGCGCUAGCUAUCCAUUACAUGCGGCGACAAGAGACAGGCGGUAGUAUCGUUGUCACAGCCUCUGCAUCGAGCUUCCAGCGCUUCCGUCUGGUGGACUAUACUAUGGCUAAGCACGGAGUUUUGGGGCUGAUUCGAGGCUUGCAGCCGCUGCUCCAUCCGCAGCUGCCGAUUCGUAUCAAUGGUAUCAGCCCGAGCUGGACGGCGACUGGUUUAGCACCGAAAGAAUUCAUAGAGAUGGUGAUUCCGACGCAGACGCCUGCUGUUGUUGCAAGGUCAGUUGCGCUCUUGAUGGCCGAUGAGAUGAGGCACGGGCAGUUAAUCUACUCGGUUCAAGGCAAGUUUUCGGAGAUCGAAGAGUCUGUUCUGCUUCCGGCUGCGAAGACCAUAGUGGGAGACAUCAGUGAGGAUCUGGUUUUGACGAAAGUGCAAGCGGCAGCUGCCAAUCUAGGAUUGACUAAGAAUUGACGACCGCAUCCCUCGCAGUUGCCUCACAGGGUCUCUACAUACUUUGUUGCAUGGUGUGUUGUAGGCAGGUUAGAAGGUCGCGAUAAUAUCAGCCUUCCUUCCAACAAGCUGCCCACGUAGUAAACAUCCACUGUAUACCAAGAAGAUGGCGCAGCGCAUGCCGGCUUUCUUAAGUAUACCAACGCCCUUGACUCAACCGCUCACAGUGUCCACGCUCUACACCUGCAGAAACAUCAGUCCCAGUCCUCAAUGACGCAAUUGCUAGUCCCAGAUGUCGACAGAGUGUCUUGUCGCGGGAGGGUGGCUUGCUACAGAAUCGGCUACGGAGAGUCCGCAGGCUUGGAAGGCGCAACUAUGAAUACUCUUCCCACCUACAGGGAGCUCAAGAUAAGCGUACGUUUGCUCGCGGAGUUAGUGAGGGAGGAAUUCAA